AUGCGCUUCGAAAUCCACCAAGUCAAUCCCGAAAGUCCCGAGUUCGGAGACCUGGUCGCCUGCGAGGUAACCAGUUUCGACAAACCCUUCCAAUCCAUCUUCCGCUUCUUCUACCCGAUCUUCGGCGCCGAAUCCGAGUCGGAAAAGAAGACCGCACUUGCAAAUCUCAUCGAGCUCCAGCGGCAAUGGGCGCGCGAUGAUCCGGAUAGUAUCUGGCUCAAGGUCAUCGAUAAAGAGGAAGGGGAUAAGAUUGUCGGGGGCUUAUUGAUUAAAGUUCACAAGGAGAAUCCGUUUAGCAGAGACAAGGGGAAGGACGAGUCGGCGGUCUGGUAUCCGCCUGGUGGACAGCGGGAGUAUAUCGAUGCGGCGCUGGGGAUUUUCAAUGAGCCGCGCGAGAGGUUUAUGCAGAGGGCGCAUCUUUAUUCCUAUAUCGGGUUCGUGCUCCCCGAGUACCGGCAACAAGGCAUAGCCGACAUGCUCCUGGUAGAAGAAUGCCGACGCGCCGACGAACUCGGUCUCGAGGCGUACAUGGAAGCCGUGACAGCGAUGGGGGUGCCAAUCUUUAUGCGGCAUGGUUUUAUUCCAUUCAAGAAGGUGACCGUCGAGCCCAAGCAUGACAAUCCGGACGCCGAGUGGUUGGAUAUGGAGCGGAAAAUGCAGCCGCUUAGGUUCUGGCCCAUGUGGAGGCCGGCGUAUGGGAAGAUCACGCCGGGCGUCACGGUCCCGCCGUGGAAUGAGUUUAUGAGUGGGAUGCUUAGCAAACUGUAG